CGUCAGAAAAUUUUGUUAAUGACGCAAUACAAGAGGUUGUGAAUUGCAAUGAAUAACGGUACGAAGAACAAAAUAACCGUGUUAUAUGGAUCACAAACUGGCCAAGCUGAAGAGAUAGCAAAACAAAUCCACGAGGAUGCAGUGUUUGGUGGAUAUGAUGCCGAAGUCUUCUGUUUAAAGGAAGAAGGGAAGAAGUUUGACAUAAAGGAGAUAAAAUGUGCCGUGUUUGUUUGUUCCACAACAGGAGACGGGGAUCCACCGGAAAAUGCUCGCAAAUUCUUGCGAACGGUUUCAAGGAAAACAUUACCUAACGAUCAUUUAUCGAAACUUUACUAUACUUUGCUGGGACUUGGGGAUUCUAACUACUCAACUUUUUGUGGUGGGCCAAAGAAACUUGACAAGGUUUUAUCACUGCAUGGCGCAAACAAGUUUUACGAAGCUGGUUUCGCCGAUGACGGCACGGACCUGGAGUUGGUUGUGGAGCCGUGGCUUGACGGGUUGUGGCCGGCACUUAAAAGUUACUUUUUAAAAGAUAAAAGUCACAUUACAUCAGAAUCGAGGGAAAUAAUCAACAACAACCUCAAUGAACUUCCUAAUAGUGAAUCUGCGCUCAAUUCAAACGGGGAACAAGAAACCUCGGUAACAGACCUCAGUGAAAAGGUUGCAAACAUUGAAAUUACAGAAAAUGUUAAAAAACUCGAAACAACAUUGUUACCAGAUUCCAUUCUGUGGAAGAAGUCUUCUCUCUCCGCAUCCAACCUCACCCUUCCACCUUUAUUUCCCAUCCAUCUGGAAGCUUAUCCCACAGAUGAAGAAAAAGUUGAAACUUACCAAAAAAAUUUUUCAUUCCCAGUCGCAUGUGGUGAAGUUAUGAACGCUCAUGUUAGAUCAGCGCGAGUAUUAACGCAACCCGACGCAGUUAAACGAGCCAUAGAAGUCGAGUUUGAUGUCACAACUGAAUAUAAAGCUGGUGAUGUCAUCGCUGUGUGUUGCUAUAACAACAAACUUGAUGUUGAUUGGUUGAUAGAAAGAUUGGGAUUAACUAAAACUGCUGAUCAAAAAAUGAAAAUGAAAGUUUCCUCCGUAGCUCCCAAGAAAAAAGAAGUCCCUCCCUAUAUACCAGAGGUUUUCACGAUUCGAGAAAUGUUUACAUCUUGUCUUGAAAUUCGUUCCGUCAUCAAAAAACCGCUGAUCCGAUGUUUAGUUGAGAGCAUGAGUAAUUUGGAUGAGAAACGUCGAUUAGAGGAAUUAUGUAGCAGGCAAGGUGGGGGGGAAUACAUGGACGUCAUUCGUGGUAAUAUGAUCUCCGUGUUGGACAUCCUGGCAACCUUUCCUUCGUGUAAACCCACGUUGGAAACUUUGGUUCAACAUUUACCAAGACUUCAACCACGUAGAUAUUCGAUCGCGCGCUACGGCUCAAAUUAUGUUUCUAUUGUUUUCAACGUGGUUCAGUUUGAGCGUGAUUCGAACCAUCUUUCCCCAAGAAGCGGUAUCUGCACAGGCUAUCUCGAACAGUUGUUGCAACCAAUGAUUGAACAACAAGAGACAGAAAUUUCACUGCAUGUCAAAAUUUUCCCGACAAAAUCUAACGGAUUUUCGCCGCCUCCAAACCUGAGGAACAACUUAGUCAUGAUUGGACCAGGAACGGGGGUUGCACCUUUUAUUGGUUUCCUUCAACAGCGACAAGAAAGGCUUGCCACGAAUACCGAAGCUCCUGGAUGUGCGUGGCUGUUCUAUGGAUGCAGACACAAGGAAAGAGACUUUCUCUUCCAAGAUGAAUUAGACAAAUUCAAGCGUGAAAACAUUCUUACGAAAUUUUGUGUUGCCUUUUCACGGGAUGAAAGAGCACCGGGUGGCGCCAAAUAUGUUCAAGAUUCGAUUAAAACUAACGGGGAGGAAAUAGUUUCUUUGCUGUUGGACACAGAUACUGUGUUCUAUGUGUGCGGCGAUGCACGCAACAUGUCAAAAGAUGUCCGGACGUGCAUGGUUGAGUUGAUAGCUAAGUAUACAGAGUGUGAUAUGGAAAGUGCUUUGUGUAAAUUCAAUGGAAUUGUGAGUGAGAAAAGAUAUAAAGAAGAUAUAUGGACAUAAAUUAAGUUUUACUAUUUAAUAAAUAAUAUGAUUUUUACUUGCCCAUAUUUGCAGUGCUAGGAAAAUAUGAGGAUCACAAAACUCGUUUUUUUGAAUAGUCUAACAUUUGCUCUUAAUAUUAGAAAAAUUGUAAUCUUUGUCCUGUAUUCAUUAUUAUUGAUUUUAAUUAUUUUUUUAUAAUUUUACAAAACCAUAAUCACAUUCUGUUGUAAUAUUUACAACUGACUUAUAUUUGUACUCGCAUACGUAGAAAAUGUGUGUUUAUGCAAAAGUAUUUGUGUAUUUCAUAAUAGGAAUAAAUAAAUAUGAUCCA